CGAACCUCACUUCAACGCCAGCAGCGACGAAAAGUCGGUAAAUUGGUCAAAUACGCUUGUCGCCAUCCUGAAAGGUCAUUGUUCUUCUGUUUGAACGCAAAUAUGACCAGCGCCGACGUUCGCGACGCGUUCAACCUUCCCGCCAAGCCGGAGGGAGGACCACCAGCACCAAAGAAGGUCAAGGCCCCGCAGCCUCGUCUUGAUGGUAUCACUCGUGAGCUAUACUCGCUGCUCGGCGACAACGUCCCACCAGUCGCCAUCCAACAGAACAAGUUCAAAGAGCGACCAAAGCUCCGACAGAAAGCUGCAUCAUGGAUAUGGAAACCUUUCUCCAACGGUGCGCGAGCAGAUGAACUACAGUUAAGUCAUUGGGUCAAGAAGAUAGACGGGCAAGAUGGCGAGGGAGCGAUGUACCGCUUUGAGGAGUUCAACAAAAGUGUGGACAUCAUUCAGUAUACCGACAUGGAGUACAACUCAGAGCUUCAGGAUGGGGAUUGGUCAAAAGAGGAGACGGACUACCUCUUCUCACUCUGCAAGGAAUAUGACCUGCGAUUCGUCGUCCUCGCAGAUCGUUACGAUUUCCAAGGAAGACAACGCUCCAUGGAAGAAAUCAAGGACAGAUACUACGCUGUAUGCCGAAAGAUCACUACUUCACGGACACCGCUAUCAAUCAUGACACCGCAGCAAAUGGAUCGCUAUCAUCAACUGCAAUACGACAAAUCACGCGAAGUGGAGCGGAAAGCAUAUGUCACCGCGCUUCUUCAGAGAUCACCCGAGGAGGUUGCGGAAGAAGAGGCCUUGUUCAUCGAAGCCAAACGUAUCGAGGCGAACGAGAAGCGUAUGGCCCAGGAAAGAGCAGAAUUGCUGAGACUCCUCGAGAGCCCACCGAGCAAGGGAUCGAUCGCAUCAUAUACCGGCUCUCAAGGUCUCGCUGCUCUUGCGAACAACAUGCUCCUUGCGGACAAGAACAAGAAGAAGAAGCCUACCAUCGACGGUAUCGUUGGCGUUCCAGGUGCUACCGCAACACCACCAGCAAAGGAAUCUCCAGCACCGCAAAAGAAACCACAGCACAACGCUCUCAAGAAACUUACUCCACGCGAAGAAGUCCUUUUCGGCAUUUCUUACCACGAGAAGCUCACGCCCGGUGUUGCUCUUCGUUCUACCAAGCUUUCUAACCUCAAGCCCACUGUCGCUCAGAAGGUCACCACGGCUAUGACCGAGUUGGGUAUUUCGACUACACUCACCAUGCCCACGGCUCGCACCAGUGCCAUGUACGAACAGUUACAACAAGCGAUUGGUGUACUGCUUGAGACGAAGAAGCAGGCGGACAAGUUGGAGACGGAGAUCAGGGUUGCGAGGGCUAGAGGUGGAAGCUUCGGAGAAGCUGAAGCGGAGGGACGAGGAAAGAGGGGUGGUAGCGUGGAUGAUGCUGGGAGAGCAUCGAAGAGGCCGAAGAAGCCAUAA